AUGAAUGACUCAAUUAUAGUCUGUCCAUGGUGCAAAAUAAGUGUAGGCUUCUUAAGUUGUUGUACUUGUCAUAAAAUAUUCGAUUUGGUUAUUUGUAAUGGAUUAUCUUUGAAUUGUCCACUUUGUAUAAAUGUAAAAUUGAAAUUUUAUUAAUUCAAGUGUAAAUUAGAUACGUACUAUCAAAGUGAUGAAGAUGUAAAAGUACACACUUAAUGUCAUAGGAAUUCAAAACGUAUGUUUUAUCAUUGCUAAUGUUGCAAUGGUUAUUUUUGCAAGUGUGUGUGAGUUUUUAAAUUAUUUUAAGAGAGAAGCAAUUGAAAAAAUAAAUUAUUUUAAAUCCAAGUCCCCUUCAUAAAAACAAACCCUGUUCUAAAGUUUGA